CCUGUAUUGUGCCAGUUGACAUCUAUUGAGACGAGCCAUCUCUUCGCCAAUCCAAUCGUAAGAAGGAAGCAGAGAGGAGGACAAGCUGCCGAAGGAGUGAGCAAUGCCCGGAAAUGAGCAAAAGAUUCAGAAUGGAAGGGAGCCGACCGAGUCAAAGGCCCAGAGGCCGAGGGAGGAGCCAGAAGAGCUGCCAAAGACCCCACCUCAGGUGGAUGAUGUAAUACAGCCAGUUUCCACUCAGGUCUCACUUCCGCUCAUGUUUGGAUCCAUGAAUCCUUUUAUCACCUCAUCCCAACUUCACGCCAUUCUUCUACAACAGUGUCCUAAUGAUGAGGUGAGCAAACAGCUCCUGCAGCUGGUGUCACUGACCCCCCAGCUGAGUCAGCACAGACCCUCGGUUCUGCGCAGGACCACCCAUCUGUUUCCGCAGGAUCUGUCUCUUCUCUCUUCCAGCAGGACAGCAAGAUCUGCUGCUUCCAAUCAGUCUGCUUGGUCAGACCAGAGCUCAGCACACACUUCUGACCUCAUCUCAGUUUGCAAAGUGGAGACCAGUGAUGGUGCGAAAGUUUCUCCUCCUACAGCAGAUUGCCCCCUUCAGCAAACAAGUCACAGUAUAGCCAAGGCCAGCUCAACUCACAGGCAGGGCUCCACCUUCUCCAGCUUUUAUGAUGGCGCCGCUCAAUCUGGACUGGGGAGUUUAACUGCUCUGUUUGUAAAUGGACUCUGCCGAUGGCCUGGCUGUGAAGAGAUGUUUGAAGAAAACUCUCAUUUUCUGAAACACCUUUACAGAGACCAUGGCCGUGGGGACAGAAGUAUUGCUCAGUGGCGAGUGCAACAAGACAUGGUGCAACACAUGGAGACUCAGCUCACCAUGGAGAAGAGGAAGCUGCUAGCUAUGCAGCUCCAUCUCCACAUGCCUGAACGCAGGCCCCUUGACUCACCCCAACAAGAGGGUUCCGAGAGACAGCAGUUAUGGCUCCGUGACAGUGUCCCCUGCAGUGUCACCAAGGAUGCCGCACAGCUGGUGCCACCAAGCUACUGGCCUGUUCCGAACUCCCACUUUGUUCCAGAACUUGUCCCCAGCAUUGACUGCUACAAGUAUCACAACAUUCGGCCACCUUACACCUAUGCUUCCCUGAUCAGAUGGGCAAUUCUGGAUUCCUCAGAGAAGCAGCUGACUUUGAAUGAAAUCUAUCAUUGGUUUACCAAAAUGUUCUACUACUUCCGACACAACACAGCCACAUGGAAGAAUGCUGUCCGUCAUAACCUCAGCCUCCAUAAAUGUUUUGUGCGUGUGGAAGGAGGAAAGGGAGCAGUCUGGACAGUGGAUGAAACUGAAUUUCAGAGGCGAAAGGGCCAGAAAUUUAACCGCAUUAGCCUCAGGUAGCUAGCCAGAAGCAGACGGUUUAUCACAAGACAAAGUAGGCAAGUAAAAAAAAGAAUGACCAUAGUUUUAAUUUUUCUAUGUUGUUCUGCAUAAAAAGACCCAAAAUGAACACUGUAAGUGGACGACUUGAUGCAAGCUUUUUGAUCCAUAUAAGUGUUUGUUUACUAUAUUCAGGAUCACUAUAAGCGGUGUCCACUGUACUUAGAGACAUUUAGUGAAUUCUUUGGGCUGUAUUUGAUAAUAACUAUAAUCAUUCAUUUUCUGCCUGUGCAUGUAGUAUUUAAAAACACUUAUCUUUCUACAGAGCUCUGCCCUACUCACUCUGCCCUCAGGGGCCCUGAACUGCACCUCAAGUGGUUUAAACAAGCUGAACCCUCAUAUUGGGAGAGUUUCACUGGACUAGUUCUUCCUGUUUCCUUCAUAUCAUUUUCUUAUUAUCUUUUUAGUGGAUAGUUACCUGAUUGGUUUUCUCUCAUUUUCUUCAGAUGUUGCUCAUAUUUUUUUAAAACAAAAGAAACAAGCAAAAUAUGACCUGUGGCUGGAUUAAUCAAUUAAUAAUUAAUUGAUUAUUCUGCUAAACUUGUGUACUGAAAUUGAUUAAACUGUGUCCUGUCAUGUUCGGAGAGAGGAACAACCCAGGUGCAGCCGUGGAACAGAUUUAAAUCACUUUUAUCAGGACAAAAAAAGAACCAGGAACAAAACAUGACCACAAAGGGUCUAACUGGGAACUGGGAGAUACCUAAAGGCAGAGGAAGAUACAGGCUCACCUCAUGGCGGUACAGGGCCAAAUUAGCAGGGAUCAUGCAAGUACUGACACAGGCAGCCACAUGAGUAAUGACAAUGACCAGACUGGGGCUGACGAGACAUCCAGGCACUCUUAUACAAGAUAAACAAGGGUACAAUGACCAAUAGUCAUGGCCCAUUAGGGCCACAUCAAGGAGGAGAUCGGAGGUUCAGAUAGAUGCAUGUUGCGCAGCUCAUGACAGCAACCCCCAACCCCCUUCCCCUUGGAGCAUGCGCUUCAGGCACGCAGGAUGAACAGGGAUGGGGACCAGACACCAGGGCAAACACACAGGCCCGGGGACAGAUGGAACACCUGAUAGGACGGGGCCUGGCAGGACCGACAGCACACAGGACAGACACCAAAUGGGACCUGGAAUUGGACAGAAGGGACAGAUAGUGUACAAGACUAGAGGAUAGGCCACAGGACAGGACACAUGGCACGCCUAGGGGCAUGGAACAGGCAGGGGCAGGACCAGGGACCAGAAGGACUCCAGGACAGGGCGGACAGGCAAGUGACAGGAACAGAGAGAUGGGAGGACACAGACCAAGGAUAAAGAAAGGCAUAAGCGGGUGCUUAGUUGGGUCUAGAUGAGGCGGGAACCAUCCAAGUAUCUUUCGGAGUUUGGGAAAGCAGGGUGAAGGGCGAGGGGCAACAGCUGCUGGCAAGGUAGGGAUUGACGGGACAGUAGGAUCACAAGGCACAGAAGGCCCAUGAGGAGUGAAGGGUACUGAGGGGCCUAAAGGGUCAGAGGUGGAGUGGGUUGUGGGUCCGAGCUCCUUGGCCUUCACAGAAGGGUGGUCUGCGAAGGCAGUGUCAGCUGAAAGGGGAACCUGGGCGACGGGUUUUGUGUUCCCACCUCCCUCUCUGGGGAACAAGAUCCAGAGGGUCCCACUACAAGUCCUCAGGCAGGGCAUCCUCAAAGUCCAUCCAUUCCGAUCUGGUGCAGCGAGGAGGUUAGUGCAUCAGGAGCCAAUGACAUCUGGUGGGUUCGGUAAGGAAGGCACCCACCUGGCACGUAUGGAUGAGGACGGCGUCAUCAAGGCACCAACAGGCAUGGAGGACAUCGUCGAGGCUUCAACAUGCAUGGAGGAUGCUAACAGGACAGCAGGAGAUGAGACAGAGAGGAUGGCAGGAGGUGAAGAGGACGAAGCAACUGGCAGGACACAGUGUCUGGACCAGACAUGAACAUCACUUGAGACAGUGAUAUGGUAUCACCUGGGCCAGGAGUGGGUGUUGCAGAAGUAGCUUCCCUGGGGCCAUGGACUGGCAAACCAGAUGAGAGCCCUCUGGGGUUUGAUCCAGAUUUCAACAGCACCAGUGAGGCUGUGGCCGGGCAGCCAGAAGACUCCUCCGGGCCUGACGUUGAAGACACAGACUCUCUUGAGCCGGGCGCUGGAGAAGUGGGCUCCUCCCGCAAAGUGCAGGCAAAGUGGCCCUCUUUGGGUUAGAAACCAGGGGUUCAGGCGGAGUGGCCCUGCCUGGGCCAGAAGCUGGGGAUACAGGCAGACUGGUUCUCUCUGGACCAGGAUCCGGAGACAUAGGCGAAGCGGCCCCCUCUGAGCCAGUAAUGGGGCUCGGGAGGUGCUGCAGAAAUGAGGACAGACCCUGGAGGCACAUCAGUGGUGAGGGUGGGGUCUAGAGGUGCAUUAAAGGCAAAAAUGGGCUCUGGAGAUGCAUUAGAGGCGAAGAUGGGUUCUGGAGGUGCAGCAGUAAAGCGUUGCUUAGGACGGCCACGCGAUGAGCAGCAAAGUGUUGCGGGAGGGACAGCAGCAGGCUGAGCUGCUGAGUGCUGCAGAGGUGAGGAUGCACUCUGAAGAUGCAGCAGCAAAGUGCUGUAGAAUGGCCGUCGGAUGAGCAGCAAAGUGCUCGGGGGAAUGAGGUAAGUCUGCUGGCCUCUUCGGGGCCUAGGACUUGGGACUCUGGCGGAAACAGCCCUGGCAUGUUGUCCUUGUAGUGAGCCCAUUUGGGUGGACCUCCUCCUUUUGCCAGGGGUCCAGACAUGCAAGGGAUCCUGUCUACUGCGUUCCUGCAGGACUUCAGAGCCAUACAAGAGUCUCCCCAGCGGUUAGGGGAAACGCAGAGGACUGGCCAGAGGGGGCAGACAGGCAGGGACAUCAUGAAAAGCUCUCUGGGAAGCCACUGGGUCGGUUGGGCAGUCCGGUCUUUCCGUCACAUUUAGGGAGAGGUACAACACAGGUGCUGCCAUAGAGCAUGUAUAAAAAGGUUUUAUUAGGACAAACAAAACAGAACAAGGAACAAAACAGGACCGCAAGGAGUCUAACGGAGAACUGGGCAUAACUAAAGGCAGAGGAAGCCACAGACCGAACACAAGAAGGUACAGGGCUAGAUAAGCAGGGAUCAUACAGACACUGACACGGGCAGCGACAUGGGGAAUGACAAUGACUGGACUGCGGCUGACGAAAAAGACAGGCACUCUUACAUAAAAUUAACUGGUACAACAAGCAAGGGAUGAGCAAACACACAACAAGCAGAACAUGACAUGUCCUAUGAGCCUCCUGAAAAUUCUCAAUACAUUCUACACAUUUGAUGCUAAUGUAGCAAAUAUUUCAUCUACUUAGCAUUACAAUCUCCCCAUUUAGCGACUGAGUUCUGUGCCAAUGACCAGAUGGUAAAAUAAAAUGGUCGCUAAAUGAAAAUCACAGUAGCCUCAUGGAUAUUUUUAACGACAUUUUGCACAUUCUACUUCAAAGAUCUCUUCGGAAAUUCGGUCACAAAUGUACACAUUGUCCGAAUAUUUUUUAUUGCCAUCAUAUUUGUGAAUGGUAGCUAACUGAGGUAGUCGCUAAAUGGGGAGUGGUCAUAUUCUGAAUAAUAGUUACGCGCAUUAGGGUGGCAUGGUUGAUAAGUGCGUUGCACUGUAGCCUCACAGCUUCCGAAUUUGGGGUUUUAAUCCUGCCGCUGGUCGGUGUGUGAAGUUUACCUGUAUUCCCUGUGUUGUGCAGGUCUCUUCCUUUAGACCAGCAACAUGCGGUGAGCUGCCUUAUACUUCCUGGGAUGGGCCCUGUGACAAUGCAUUAUGUAGUAAUGCUGCAUUAUGUAAUAACUCAACAGAAUGUAACAAAUUAAAUGAUGAUAAUAACAAUAAUAAUAAUAGGGCAAUGUUGCAAUAUAAAAUUAGAAUAUAGUCUAGAAAUUUGUAACAUUUUGCUACAAAAUGCGGCAUUAUUACAUAAUGCAUUGAAAUAGGACCCAAGGUCACAGUGACAUGGUAAAUUAUAAUCAGUUAUGGAAUACGGCCUUUACAUUUCCUGUUUUAGGUAAGAUUUCAGGCAAUCUCAGUUGGGUAACACAAAGAAUUUAAAAUUUUAUUUUACACCCAUUGUAAUGGAUUUCUUGAAUACGUACUUCCUGCAUUGAGUGCAUAUGGCACUGGUCUUACUGGCACCACAGGUCAGCUCUCAUGUGUUGCCAGAUUUCUUCUGGCACCUGCCUCUCCUGGAGAGCCCAGGACUUCUCCAAAUUAUCUGGUUUCAUGUCUGGAUCUGGGGACCUACAAGUUCCUCAAGGAAUAUUUGACAGUGAUGCAAUUUUCCAAACUAGUUUACAUCACUCCAAUUGACAUAAACACAAUAAUCACUGAAACACAACAGCAUUGUCAAAAAUCAACAGAAACUAACAAGCAAUCAUUUCUGAAUUGCUUGUGGGAUUGGGUGAUGUAUAGUUAAAAUACUGUUUUGUUAUCCUCAACAUUCAUAUCAUCAUCACUUUGAAUAUUCUGAGUAUCGUGACACAGCCUAAACACGUGCCCUCCUGCAUAAUUUAACAAUCAUAAUGCACUAUUUUUUACACAAAUUCCAUUAAGGUAUGAGUGUCUUUGGCGUAAUUCAUCAUUAUACCGAUCACAUCCUCCAUAUCUACAAGGGAACGGUUUGGUCAUCAUAAUUACAUGGUUUAGAUGGUUUAAUUAGUGGUGAAAAUAUCGGGAUAUCAUUUUUAGGUCAUAUCGCCCAACUCUAAUUGCUACUAACUCAUCAGAGUUGUUGACUUACUACAGUCCUUUUGUUUCAAUAGUAGUUUAGCUCACAGUCCAAAUUUAGAAGCUUAUUAGAGAAGUUUAGAUUUUUUUGUGUGUGGGGGGGGGGGGGGGUGGUGGUCCACCAAAUGAUAUUCAGGGACAUACCUGUACAUUCUGAACGUAGCUAGACUUCCAAUCACAUGCUGCCUAAAAUUUGAUGCCAUUCAGGCUUGUUUGGCAGAUACAGCCAGAACAACAACACUGUCUGAAUGAAAGAAGCUAUUUUUCCUGUAUACCUCUGAUUACAGCCACAACAAACAACAGGUUUGUAAUACAGUUAUCAUAAUAAAUCUCACUAGAGAUGUCAAGUUAUUCUAGUUACUUGGUUUUUGGAAAACAUUUGAUCUUUUAUAUCAAAGUCUGAGAGUUGUUUGUUCAUUUUAUCUGUACCUUUUAUGUUAUAUUAGCCUAUUAAUGUAUAUGAUUUUGUCUGAUCAAGUUGGUCAUGCUCAGUAUAAUAAAAUAUUGUUAGUAUUACAGUUUUUCUGAGUUGCUUUGGACAGUAUCUGUAAACAGACUUAAGGUUCUCCCAACUGCUUGUGUAUUUCUCAAAAACAGUUUGUACAUCGCAGCACAACCAGCAAAAUGAAAUUAUUUAUUAAUAAUUAAUUUCAUUCAUGUUUCAAAAUGCAGUUUUCUUGUCAGCCACUUAGUCAAUGCGAAUGUGAAAUCCAUGAAUCAUUGCCUAGAGAUAUACCAGUAAAAAUGUUUAGUCAAGUUGUCAACAUAAAAAUUUACUAUGGAAGUAUUUCAUAUAUUAAAGUUAUCAAUUGAGGCUCGA